AUGCAGCAGAUCAAGCACAUCAGAAUACGUGAGUUUGAUCAUGGUGAGGACGAGUUCUUCAACAAGUUCUUUUCCAGAAGACAGCUCGGGAUUAUGGCGCAUGAGCUGCAGCCAGUCAUGCCCACCGCGGUCGGCGUCUUGCCCGAGCGAAGGUGGACGAACCCGAAGGGCGUUACCAAUCAGACGAAGCAUGUCAUGCUUAUACGUGACACGCAUCUGCUCUUUGCGGCUCUCGGGGCUGUGCAGGUCCUUGCCAAGAAGGCGGACGUCUGGGACGAAGGCUUGGAGAAGCUUUUCAAGGAUACUGCAGCCAUUGUGGCCGAGCAGGACGACAACAGGCGGAAGCGCGAGGAGCUGCUCGAGCAGCUCGUGCGCGUUGUCGCCAAGGUGGAGGUGAUGCAGUUCGGCUUCGCGAAGACGGAAGAGUCUGUCGCACGCAUGGACGGGACCAUCACCCACUACAAGGAGCUGCAGGACGAGCGGCACGGCCUCGUGCUGGCAGGCGUGGACGACCUGAACAACAGGUCCAUCCAGCAAGACAGGUCCAUAGCGCAGUUUCAAGACGAUUUCCGAUCUGCCGUCGAUCGAGAGGCGCGGGCGGACUUGGUGGAGAAGCGGAAGAAGUCAGAAGCCGAUCUUGAGGUGCAGCUCGUGAAGCGGAGCAUCGAGAAGUUGAGGUGGGAGGAGGAGCGGAAAACCAUCGAGCGCCGCGGUGAGGAAGAGCGGAAGAGCGAUGACCAUAGCACGCAGAAGCACCACGAGCGGAUCGCCUUCGAAACAGCUCAGAAGAAGGCUGCCGACCUCGAGCUCCUAGGCCAGCAGGAGGAGUCCAACCUACGACAGCAGGCGCAGAAGCACAAGGACGAGAAGGAGCUCCUAGAGCUGCGCCUGCAGUCGGACGAGCGCCGGGCGGAGCUUGGACUUCAGGAGGCUGUAGAGCGAGCCAAGAUCGAGGAAGAAGGCAAGAUCAAGGCAGCUCGGGAGAACGAAGAUGUCAACACUCGCCUCAUGAAGGCGGAGCAGGCUGAAAAGCGGGCUCAGAUGUUGGCGGCGAUCGAGGCGAGCGCCAGAAUCGCUUCCGACUGGAUCGCGACAGUCUUCAACUCGCCGACAAACCUGGCGCUGCUGAUCGGGUCCAUAGUUGCCUGCCUGGGUGGCAUCUACCUGGUCAGAGAGAUGGCGAUCCUGCUGCGAGAGCAGCUGAACAAGCGCCUGGGCAGGCCCUCGCUUGUCCGAAUGACCAACCGGCGAGGUGGCAUGCAAGAGUUCGGCAUUGCCAUCCUCCGGCUGCUUCGGCUGCGGCCCCCCAGGGGCGCCGAAUUCAACGACGUGGUGCUGCACCCAAAGCUGAAGCAGCAGGUGAUGCGGCUCGCGGACGCCACCUCCUCCGCGAAGCGACGCAGAAUGCCGCUACAGCAUGCCAUGUUCUACGGCCCGCCGGGGACUGGCAAAACCAUGGUCGCGCAGCGGUUCGCCGAGUACUCAGGGCUCGAGUAUGCGAUCAUGUCUGGCGGCGACGUUGCCCCGCUCGAAGAGCAGGCGGUGACGGAGCUGCACAAGCUCUUCAGGUGGGUUCACAGAAGUAAAAGAGGAGUGCUCCUCUUCAUUGACGAGGCCGAUGCCUUUCUGGCUUCGCGGAAGAACUCAGGCAUGAGCGAAACGAUGCGAAAUGCAUUGACAACGAUGCUGUAUCAUACAGGCACACCGUCCUCUCAGUUCAUGCUUGUCAUCGCCACGAAUCGGCCGCAUGACUUGGACAGCGCCAUUCUCGAUCGUUUGGACGAGAGCGUUGAGUUCGGACUGCCGGACAUAGACGCCCGAAAGGGCAUGGUCCAGCUGUACUACGACAAGUACAUCGCCAAGCCGCUCAAGCUCCCCGCCGUGAGCUCUGGCUCCCCGAUGCUGCGGAAGCCGGACCAGCCGAAUGGUCUGAGAAGGCGGCUUCCUGGUAGCCCGAAGCCACUCCAGAUCCCCAGGGAGGAGGAGGUUGACGAGGCUGCCAUGGCGACGGUUGCUUCCCGGAUUCAUGGCUUCAGUGGCCGUGAGAUCUCCAAGCUCUUCACCUCGCUGCAGACGCAUGUGCUGUACAGCGACACCACCCAUGGCAGACCGGUCUGUACCAAGUCCAUGCUGCUGGAGGUGGUCGAUCAGAAGGUUGCGGAGCACGGGCGGAGCCACGAGUUCCAGACCAGCGGCUACGUGUACCAGCACAAUGAAGCCCACCGCGCACAGCACGAGGCCGAAGGCGAGAAUGGAUUUUCCAGCAAAGACGGGAAGCUCGGAGGAAGACACUGA